AUGCUUCUUUUUCUGCCUUUGGCCUUUCUCCUCUUUCGCGGUUGCAAUGGGCAGCUUGGAAAUACAAAGUCGAUGACAGCUCAGGCAGUUCAGUUGAUCAACGAGUACAGACAGACAGUUGCAAAUGGAUCUGCAUUCGAUAUGAGUGGAAAUCUACCAAGCACUCUGUCCAUGUUCCAGCUGAAAGGGGACGAUACGCUCUCCCUUAUGGCUCUCACGACUGUUUUCUCCUGUAACGUAAGUAAUCCUAAAGUUCAGCCAGGCUAUUCGUUCAACGGUUAUAGUAUAAGCUAUUUACCGUCCAGCAUGGAUCCAACCACAAUACUCGAAAUCGCACUAGCCCAGUGGGAACAAGAGCCCCUUCUUUAUGGAAUUGGCGAUAAUGUGGUGUACAGUAACACAAAAUUGAAAGAAUGGGCUAAUAUGGUUUACUACAAGUCUACUAAAGUUGGUUGCUAUUAUAAUCUAUGCAACACAACGGGACCGACAACACAAGCAAUCGCUUGCUUGUUCAACAUGGUAUCAAGACUUGCCCAAGGAUUGGUUCCGAAUGGUACUACAGGCAAAAACUUACCUCAAGGAACGGAUAUAGCUCAAAUGUUGUACAACCAGACGCUUGAGCAUGCGGCGCAGGAUUAUGCGAACACCUGCCCAAAAGGACUUUCACCUGUAUCAUCACGUGAGGGCACGGGCGAAAUUUAUCAGUCUCUUCCAUCCAAUACCUUGGCAUUAAUGGACGUUAUAGAAGCGGCAUUAAAAGCAUCCUGGCAUCCAAUCAUGGUACAUGGCUUUGACCCGAGUUUGGAAUUUACAGAUUUGACUCCACAUCUAGCUAAUGCACCACUUAUGUUCACUCAAGUGAGUUUAAAUCCAAAUGAAAUUGCUAAUGUACGAUGCCAUACGGUAACAUUCCCCACCGCUUUAGUAUGGGCUCCCUAG